AUGGAAAACCAAGCCCAGCAAUCAAAGCAAGGCGACUUGCACUGGCGCCUGAGCUCCCAUCCCAUAACGCUGCUUUUCUUUCUCGGAUUCCGCAUGUCAUCUCUUCUAAUAUACCUCUUCGGUCUCUGGUUCUUCACCUCCAGCUUCGUCCUCGUGUUCAUCGUUACCCUGCUCCUCCUGGCCGCGGAUUUCUACUACCUCAAGAAUAUUGCUGGGCGAAGGCUUGUGGGGCUAAGAUGGUGGAACGAAGUGGACACGACUUCGGGGGACAGCCAUUGGGUGUUUGAGAGUCAGGAUAGGAGUGGGGAUAGCGGAGGACCGGUGCAGAAUGCUACCGAUAAGAGGUUCUUCUGGCUAGCAUUGUAUGCACAGCCUGGACUCUGGGUCGGUUUGGCUAUAUUUGCGCUGGUGAGGCUGGAAAGCCCGAUUUGGCUGAGUCUGAAUGCCAUCGCGUUAAUCCUCACGAUCACGAACACCCUUGCUUUCUCGCGGUGCGAUAAGUUCAGUCAGGCGUCGACUUUGGCUUCGAGCGCUAUGUAUUCUGGUGGGAUAGCAAAAACUCUUGCAGGAGGAAUGUUCAGUCGGCUGUUCGGGCGGUAA